AUGAACGAGCAUCCCCAUCCACUGCCUAAAAGCGUCAAAGUCCGCUCCACCUGCAACGCCUGCCAACAAGCCAAGAUCCGUUGCAGCCAUGAGAAGCCAGCCUGUCGUCGGUGUCAGAAACACAACAUCGACUGUGUCUACAGCAUAUCGCGACGGUUAGGGAGGCCAGCGAAGAAGAAAGAUGUCGACGCCGAGAGCGACUAUCGUCGCGAUCGUGAGUUUCUAGAUGGGCCUAGGAAGCAAGAGUCGCGAGCGCGGAACGGUUCCAAGAACAGUAACAGCAAUACCAGCAGUAACAAUAACAGAAAGAAGAAGAUGAAGUCAGAAGACGAGCAAGAGACUGUGUUGGAUGAUACUCUACUGCUACUGGACAAGGCAGGUGGGAGCCAAAGUGUUUUGGACCCUGUUGGUGUGUUAGAUUCGGUUCCAAGUUUACCGGGCGAUUGCUUUUUGGAUCAGGCUACUCCCACAGCUUUGUUCGCGGAUAGUGGCUUCGAUCUAUUUUCCGAUAGCUGGGUGCAAGAGUUCAUUGCCAACCCGCCGGUCGAUCUCGCGCAGGAAGGUUUACUGUUGGAUUCGAUUCAUACCUCGACAAGCUUUAUUCAGGAUACACCGCUUAUCGCAGCCACGACCCUGGAGAAUAUCCAUGGUAUCAUGGAAGCCCCGUCAGAGGCAAAGUAUCUGAAGGAGGACCCCCUGGCUUGGUCGCUGCCAUUCUCCACGAUGGACACGUUCCCAGCCAGACAGAUAGCCACCGAAACUACUGCAUUUGCUCAAGCGAAGAUGACAAAGAGACCAUACCUAUACGGCCUCCCUGCGGGAGAGAUGAAACCUGUGUCAGCCGUUCUAGCGCCGCACGCAUAUCAAUUCCAGUGUCACGAGUACACGAUCCAGGAAUCGUUCAGGCAGAUGUCGAUUGCCAUAAGGAUGGGGCCAUAUAUGUCGAUUGACCACAUUCUUCACUGUCAACGUAUGCUGCUGAAUGUAUCCGAUACCAUUCUCAAAUGUUGCGUCUGCUGCAUCACGAAAAGGGAUAUACUCAUGGUCAUCGUUGUCAAUAUCGACAGUCUGAUGACGAAUCUGGAGGCUAUAACCACAGGGGAAGCCGGGAAUCCACAGAGACUGCUUUAUAAUGGAUAUCAUGAGCAUAUGCUGCCGGAUUGCAAGCAGGAUAUUGCAGGAAAUAUGAGCAGACGGUAUCGGAGUAGUGGACUGCAUUUCAGGAGUCAAAUUGAUGCAUGUCCAUUGGUAGUGGGCAAGUUCUGCGUCCAGUCUGGUGACAAGUUCUUCUGCAUCUUGCAGAUCUUGUACAGUCAAUUAUCGGAUCUGCUGUCAACGGUCAGAAGAAUCACGCUUUAUACGCAAGAAUCGUCCACUCGCAUAUCUCUGACUAACGAGACUGAAAGGCGGUUGGAGGAGGUUAUGUUGCAGAUGAAGAGGAUGACCAGGGUGUAG